GCAGAAGAUACACAAGAACGAAGCAACGGGUGAGAAGAAUUCAGAAGAAUUGAAAAGGCUGAUGUCGAAGAAACGAUUGCUGUGUCCACUGUGUCCGGACCGUUUCGAGCAGUUGCACAUGUUGAAGUAUCAUUUGAAGACUCACAAGAUUAAAUUGCUUGGCAACGUCAAGCCCUUGAGAGGAAAAAGAGAUCCGAAUGUCAUACACAAUUACUGCCAGCUGUGCGAUAAGACGUUCCAGCACCCGUCGUAUCUCAAGCUACACAUGAAAUUUCACAAACGGGAGCGAGACUUCCAGUGUGAUCGAUGUGACAAGCGAUUCUUCAUCUCCCAAGACCUGAAGCAUCACAAAAUGGCGGUUCACGAGACGCAUACGAUUCUUUGUGGUGAGUGCGGUAAAACCUUCGGAACGCAGCGCUAUUUCAAACGGCAUGUGCUAAGUCACAGUACCGAUCCGAGCCUAAGACCGCACAAGUGUUCCUACUGUCCGGAGGCGUUCCACUCGGCGGCGAAACUCAAGGACCACAUGUGCCGCCAUACGGGCGAAAAGAUACACCAGUGCGAAUUGUGUGAUCAGGCAUUCCGGUUUCGGCACCAGUUGACACAUCACAAAAUUAGCAAGCAUGGGAUGCAACUGGACCGGCAAUUACUGGUGGAUACUCGCCAGGAACUUGCGAAAGAAGAACCAGCUGACAGUGGCGAGAACCGGAUGGAAUUCGGCGACUAGGAGCAACACCUGUGGCCAUUCUGGAUGUUCAAGUAGGUAUAUUUUAUUGAAUCCAAUGCAAUGAGUUUAUCGAUAAAAUCAUAAGCCGAAAAA